AUGCCCAGGCGAGCCAGCGUUCCGACUGCGGGUUCUCAAGUCCAGCAGCCCUCAAAGCCGUCUGGAAGCAAAGGCGCCGAGUUGCCUCGGUCGGUCAGACCAUCCCAUUUGAAGGCUUCUUCCUCACAAGGAUCGAAUUCACGCCGAGAUUCCAACGCACUGUCGAUCCGUAGUGACGAUGACACCAACAAUACUCCGAGCAGUCCACAUACUUCAGCCCGAGAGACUGAACCAGCCACAGACGAUGAAACGCAACAAGGUGUCAGUCUUGCCGCAAAUGAAUUAAAUGAUCACGGGAACAAUUUCCAAGUGAAUGCUGCAGAACGUCAGGCUGUCGCGAUGUUGAACAAGAUCACCAAAAAGAACGAAAGAAACCACCAAAAGUAUGACGCCAUUCGUACCAGCAUUUCAGGAAAAGACAAACGCAUUGACGAGCUCCACGCAUCAUUCGAAGACUUGGCUAGCCAAACCGCGGACUUAGAAACACUUUGCAACAGCGACAUGGAUGCCGAUACGCUCGACAAGCUUUUCAUGGCCAUCCCCAUCCAACAGCGCCAACUCUAUCUCGGCGAAUAG